UUGAAAAUCUUAACACCAUCAACAUGGCUUUAGCUUUCAAACACUCUCUUCUGCUGGGGAUGCUCGUCUUCCUCAUAGCUCUGUUGGCUCUUACUGAGCCAACAAUGGCUGAUGAUGUUGAUGAUGUCCCUGAUAACUUUAACCGUACUUAUUUUCCAGAUGAUUUCAUUUUUGGCACAGCUACUUCUUCUUACCAGAUCGAAGGUUCAACAAACAUAUCUGGUAGAGGACCUAGUGUCUGGGAUAUAUUUACUCAUGAAUAUCCAGAAAGGAUAAAGGAUCACAGUAAUGGAGAUGUUGCCGUCGAUUUUUACAAUCGAUUUCCGGAGGAUAUCAGAAAUGUGAAGGAUAUGGGUUUUGAUGCAUUCAGAUUAUCAAUUUCGUGGUCUAGAGUUAUACCCAGUGGAAGAAGAUCUGAAGGAGUGAACGAGGAGGGGAUAAAAUUUUAUGAUGAUGUUAUCAAUGAAGUUCUAAGACAGGAUCUUAUACCAUUUGUUACAAUUUUUCAUUGGGAUACUCCUCAAGGUCUAGAGGAUAAAUAUGGCGGCUUUUUAAGUCGUAAUAUUGUGGAUGAUUAUCGUGAUUAUGCGGAUCUUCUCUUCGAAAGAUUUGGUAAUCGAGUGAAGUUUUGGAUGACUUUUAAUGAACCGUGGGCUCUUAGUGGAUUUGCCUAUGAUGAUGGAUUUUUUGCUCCCGGUCGAUGUUCAUCUUGGGUGAAUCGUCAAUGUCGUGCUGGAAAUUCAGCUACUGAACCUUAUAUAGUUGCACAUCAUCUCCUCCUCGCACAUUCUGCAGCUGUUAAUUUAUAUAGAGAAAAGUACCAGAAAAUUCGACCCGGCGCGACAAUAGGCAAGAUUGGAAUAACACUCUUUACCUUUUGGUUCGAACCAUUAUCCAAUAGAUCAAUUGAUAUAGAAGCAUCCAGAACAGCACUUGAUUUCAUGUUUGGAUUGUGGAUGGAUCCUUUAACUUAUGGUCGUUAUCCAAGACGUGUGCAAGAUUUAGUUGGAGAUAGAUUGCUCAAUUUUACUGAAAAAGAAACUGAAAUGCUUAGAAAAUCAUAUGAUUUUCUUGGGUUACAAUAUUAUACUUCGUAUUAUGCAAAACCAAAUGCUCCAAUUGAUCCAGAUCAUAUUAGAUACAAAACUGAUAGUCAAACCACUACAACCGCCUAUGACUAUGACGGUAACCCAAUUGGUCCACACGCUUACUCACCUUGGUUUUACAUUUUUCCAAAAGGCAUUCGACAUCUUUUGAACUAUACCAAAGAUACAUAUGAAGAUCCAGUAAUUUAUAUUACUGAGAAUGGGGUUGAUAGAUACAAUAACGAAAGUCGAACUCCUGAGCAAGUGAGAAAUGAUACAUUCAGGAUAAACUAUUAUAAAGAGCACAUGUGGCAUGCAUUGGGAUCCCUCAAGAAAUACAAUGUUAAUCUCAAAGGUUAUUUUGCAUGGUCAUAUUUGGACAAUUUCGAGUGGAAUAUCGGUUAUACUUCGAGAUUUGGUUUAUACUAUGUUGACUAUCAUGAUGACUUGAAAAGAAUGCCCAAAGAUUCCGCUAACUGGUUCAAGGAUAAGUUCUUGAUGAGCCCUUGGAAGGUUACUUCAAAGGAUUCAAGGAAAGUUGGCAAAUACUACAUAAUGUAGUAUGGGUUGAGGUGCCAAAAUUAAAGAGAUAUGGCUUGUGUGUGUCUUGCAAUGAAAUAAUAUGAUUGGGCUACUUCUUAGCUCCAAUGACAUAGCUAGCUUGUGUGGUAAUAGUUUUGUGUGUCUUUGUCUAGCAAUUAAAUAACAUCAUUGAGCUUACUGUUAAGCUCCAAUGACAGGUUGUGUUGUAAUAUAUUUUUGAAAUGAACAAGGAGUGUUUAUCUCCUUUAAGGAAUUUUAUUAAUAUUAUCGGCCUUUGUAUGCA